GUACAAUUCAUUCUUUCGGACGUAACACUGCACUCUACCCAGUCAGGCUCAUUCUUGGACUCAGCAUUAUGCAUCUCCACCAUCUCCUCUUCGCGUUUCUCUUCAGCUCGAUACAAUGUGCUCCGCUAUCUUCUCCUAGCAGCGACUUGCUCCGCAGCCUCAAUCUCACGGUGGACGAACUUGGCGCAACGGUCUUCGCUCUGCUCUAUGGCACUCCGUUGAUGGAUUUCUACCAGUUGGCUGAAGGAACCUUGACGACCGUAGGCUCGAACGUUCUAGGACACAAAAACGCAACGGCUACGGCUAGUACCCAUAACGUCGUCAGGCCCAACGUGGAUACAAUCUAUGGAAGUGCCACAUACGAUCUUUCCGCAACUGACUUAGUUCUUGUGUUGCCUCCUAUGGAUGAAGACCGGUUUUAUCUGUUCGCCAUCUAUGACCCUUACGGAGACAACUUCGCCUCCAUCGGUAGUGUACCCGCUAGCGCACCAGGGAAAUACCUCAUCCGAUCCUUGGAAUCGAACUGCGACGAUGACUGCGAGGGCUACGAAGGCUGUAUCACAUCCCCCACCCCGAUCGGAACCAUCCUUGUCCGCAUCGAAGUCAAGAACAACAGCACAGAUGUCGCCGAGGUCAACUCCUAUUUCUCGAAGGUCUCCCUCACCUCUAUCAAUCCCCGCAUACCUUCCUUCCCAGCCCUGACCCUGGCCGACUUUGAUAACCUUUCCAACAACACCGCGGUCUCAACGCUCGAACUCACCGCCCGCCUCGAGUCUCGCUCUCCCCCGGAGACAGCCCACUUCCAAGCCGCUGUCCCGCCGAUCCUGGCUCUCGCCGGUAUCACCAACGGCCACUAUAAAAAGCCAGCGUCCGUGAAUCUAACACGGGCAUCCGAGCUUGUCAACGCCUCUGUGGCCGCAUUUACGAAUACGCCAGGUAGUUACCCUGACCUCGGCAACGGCUGGUCCAUCCUGAACAACUCCUACAGCGGCACCUUCGAGUCUGGCACCGCCAUUAUCCCGCGCACCCUGAUUGCAAUCGCGCUCUACCUCCAGAACAAGGCCACCAACGCGCUCUACCCUACCCUUGGGUCGACGCAGCUAAGCCUGACCGACAGCGAGGCGUACCUCUUUACCUUCUCGGGGAAGCCACCGGUUGCAGCUGAUGGCUUCUGGAGCCUCACCAUGUACGAUGACACGGGCUACUUAGUGCCGAAUGCAUUGGAUACGUAUGCCGUUGGGGACCGCAGCAACAUCACCUAUCCCAGCGGGGAUCUGGUUUACGCCGACGGUGCUAAAGAUGGGAGUUUCCAGGUCCUGGUGCAGGAUGUGAACGUAGCCCCGCCGAGUAACUGGACCGCGAACUGGCUUCCUGCGCCUUCCGGCGGUGGCUCGUUCACUGUGACUUUCAGACUUUAUGCGCCUGAGGCCGCGGCGUCAAAUGGGUCAUAUGUCUAUCCGGUGGUUACGAAGGGAGAUGCCAUUACGGCGUAACGCACGAGUUACGAUGCGGCACGCUGCCAGCGGGGCUCGCGAUGUGGAAAGCUGUCAGAGCACAAAGUGCUUCUAGGGAGCUGAAAAGACAAUGUCAUUGCUAGAGUUAGAGGGUUAGGAAUGUCAACUGGUACGGAAAGGGGUGGUUGUAGGUGGACUGCGAGUGGGAGAAGAUAGAGAGCGGGAAGUGGUCUAUUCUUCACGCCAUAUGACUUCUAUGUGGGAAUUCUGAGGGCCUGCGAUGUUCGAAACACGUAAAAACUAGCCUAUUUCCUAUGUAGCAUUUAGUGGAUAAUACUCAUCGCUUUCCCCUUAACGUUUUGUAGAACUAAUCGUCAAGGCUUGAAUAAAUAGAUGAUAGCUGUAC